UGGUGAGUGCGAAUAGCGGCUGGGGGCGCCCUCGGGUCCCCGGCCCGGGCUUCACGGCUUCCCCUCAGCGCGCGUGGGCGGGCUCGGGUGGCCCGGAGACGCCCUCGGGCCGAGGUCCUGAGUGUGAAACGCUUCCUCCCGGACGUUGCUCUGUACCUGCUGUGGCGCGCGGUUGCACCGAACAGCGUGAGCGUGCGCGCGCGUGAUAAACACUGGGUCGCACGGGAGCGGCGUCCUCCUGCGAGGGCGCUCUGGGCGGGCUGGGCCGGCACCGGGUACGCCUUCCGCGCCGCUGCGGACACCGGGGUUUCGUGUUACCAGUGCCCAGAAGCUUGGUUUUCAACCCGGCCAGGACGGAUGGCGUAGCUCUCCAACAGACUUAGCUGUGGGUGUGCUUCUUUGAUGAUCAGGUGGUUGUUUUUGCCCCUUGACAACCUGCUUUCACACUCCACUCCCACUCCUCCCAUCUGAGAGAUCUGUGACCUUGGUUUGACUUUUGUUAAGGAACCAUGAUACGUUCGAGGCUUUUCUCAGCGAGAUCCUGGCCGGUGUUGGAGGGCGUGGGGUGCUGGACACCAUUGGCACGAGCGUUUCCCAGGCCCGGGCGGCUCCUUCCCCAGCACGCUUCUCCCAGGCUGCUCUCGGUCAGCUGUGCGGGCUGCACCAAGCACCAGGAACCCCCCAGGAAGAAGCUGCUCUCAGAGAAAAAACUGAAAAGGCAUUUUGUGGACCAUCGCCGAGUGCUUGUCCGAGGGGGACGCGGAGGUGACGGGGUGAGCUGCUUCCACAGUGAGCCCCGGAAGGAGUUUGGAGGCCCCGAUGGUGGCGACGGAGGCUACGGUGGCCACGUCAUCCUGAGAGUUGACCAGCAAGUCAAGUCCCUGUCCUCAGUCCUGUCUCAGUACCAGGGCUUUGACGGAGGAGCCGGUGGCAGGAAGAACUGCUUUGGGCGAAGCGGCGCCGUCCUCUACAUCCAGGUCCCCGUGGGCACUUUGGUGAAGGAGGGGAACGAAGUCCUGGCUGACCUCUCGCACCCAGGCGACGAGUUCAUCGCGGCGCUGGGCGGGGCAGGCGGGAAGGGCAACCGCUUUUUCCUGGCCAACGACAACCGCGCGCCCACGACUUGUACCCCCGGACAGCCGGGUCAGGAGCGGGUCCUCUUCCUGGAGCUCAAAACGGUGGCACACGCUGGGCUGGUCGGAUUCCCCAACGCAGGGAAAUCCUCGCUUCUCCGGGCCAUUUCCAACGCAAGGCCCACUGUGGCCUCCUACCCGUUCACCACCCUGAACCCGCACGUGGGGGUCGUUCACUGUGAGGACCACCAGCAAAUAGCAGUGGCCGACAUCCCGGGCAUCAUCCGCGGAGCCCACCAGAACAGGGGCCUGGGCUUGGCCUUCCUAAGGCACAUCGAGCGCUGCCCCUUCCUCCUGUUCGUGCUGGACCUCUCGGUGCCAGAGCCGUGGACGCAGCUGGAUGACCUGAAGUACGAGCUAGAACAGUACAGGCAAGGCCUGUCCGAGAGACCCCAUGCCGUCGUGGCGAACAAGGUCGACCUCCCUCAGGCCAGAGCCCAGCUGCCCCAGCUGCAGGCCCGCCUAGGCCGAGAGGCCAUCGCCCUGUCGGCGGCCACCGGGGAGAACCUGGAGGAGCUGCUGCUGCGUCUGAAGGAGCUGCACGAUGACCACGUGGCCGCGGAGCUGGAGCGUGGCCGCCAGCCUCUCCGGUGGUAGCAGAGGUGGUAGGCUCGGCAGGUGGCAUGGGCAGUGCCCGGGCAGGCUGACUGUGACCGGAGAUGAGGAAGGAGCCCCGAAGAAUCGGAGGCCUUGGUGCAGCGGCCUUCCCGCCAGCUCAGGGCUCCCCCACCAAUGCACCCCCUGCCCUGGGCCUAGGACCUUGGGGUGGCGGAUGCUCACGCACCCGCCGGUCUGUUCCCAGUGCUUCCCGCGCCCGCCUGCAUGCAACUGACGUGCUACGAUGGGCUCGUCUGUGUUAAUUGGCCCCUGAUUAGCAGGGCCCACACUCUGCCUGACGUCACCAAAUGCUGCCGAGGGCACACGGUGGAUGGGAGCCGGCGUUGCCUGCUGACCCUCGGGUGGUGGCAGCUGUCGCAGAGGUGGGCCCUUGAUCCCACGGCUGUCGACACGCCCCGCGAGCGCAGUUUUGCGGGAUGCUGUGUCUGCGGCGCGAGGGCCGGGGUGGGGGAAGCACUUGCAGGCGCCCAGUGGUGAAGGAGCAGGUGCGAUCCUCUUCUCAGGUGCCGCCGUCUGGGGGAAGCAAUGAGGGUGACACCUGCCCUGUCGUCCCAGACGGUGCUGUGCUCUUUGGGAGCCGAGCUUCACGACUGAACGCUCCCAGUAUCCGACCCAGGGACGCGUGGCUUCUGACCCGCUUAGUACACGCGAACGGGUUAUUAACUGUGGACUGCGGGUGGGGCAUCGCAGCGCCGUCCCCCAGGGUAGCCAGUGGCUCAGGUUUGUGCUUCUAGGCGUCGAUGGGAGCCGCACCCGCGCCCCCAGCUUCCCCUGACUGCAGGUGCCCUGUGAGGACGGUGCAGCUGCUCCUAGCCUUCUCAUCUGGCAAAAUGGUCUAGAACUUUUGUUUCCCCCAAAUAAAGUCUGAUGCAUCGGACGUG